AUGGCAAGGAAAAGAAAUGACAAUAGGUUCCGGGGCCCAGCAACUUGCGCUAACAAUAGACGAGGUCCACGAAGCGUAAACUUCGAUGAUGAUUACCCCAUGGGCGGUGUUCACUCUCCGACCGUGAAGGGUCGCCAUCCGCCGGAUAACAGAAGAAGCCAGAACAACUAUAAUCCGCUGCGUGGCCGUGGCCGAUCGCCAUACCGCAGCAAUAACAGGAAGAACAACCACGCCCCAUCCUUCUCGCAAGGCCAAUACUCACGCAACAACCACAAUUCUUACCACGACACUCAAGGGCACAGAACCAACUCCCGUAACAACUCCAGCGUCAACCAAAACAACAAGCAUAACCGCCAGAGACACCCCAGGGCCGCGAGCACAGACAACGCCGACACCGAUUUCGACGAGAACACCAGCAUCGACGACGCAUUCAACAACUCCUCAUUCUUCUCCCCACGACAACACACCCACAACGGCGUCCACAAAGGUAAAAGCAGCAACAACAACAUGCGGUUCUGCACAGAAUGCAGUUCCGUCCGCCGCGCAAACCUGCGCUUCCGGAACUGGGCCGUGCACGCCUUGAACCGAUGCAACGAGCGCUUCGCCGCGUGGGCCGACGAAGUAGGAGUCGAAUUUGGGACGGCGGAUGAGAUGGACUGGCAGCCGGAGCCUGUGGUGCGGGUGUUGCUAGUCGGUGGAGAUAUGUCGUCUACGUCUACGUCUACUGCUUCUGCUACUUCUCUGCCUCCUAUUAACCAGUUUACAAGCAAAGCGGGCCAGCAGCAGCAAGAAGAGCAGAUAGGUCCGAUACCAACGCCUGGGCCGUGGGCUUGGCCCCCUUGGUCUGCGCCAACAGCAUGUCCCGCGCUCGAGGCCCCUCCGGCACAACCACAAGACGGCGGGCCUGCGAUGUCCCAGGGAAAUAUACUUUGCGAGGGGAUACGUGUUGGCGACGGUAAUGGAAAUUUGCCCAUCUCAGGCUUUGGAUUACUAGGCGUUAGCUGCGGCGGCGAAGCGUCGGGGCCUUCAUCGAAUCCCAACCUUAACGCGGGCCUCAACCAGUGGAGCAUAAGGGAUCAGAGUAGCUUUGGAGAAGUAGGAGACGACUGAAUAUGUACGCGAAAAGCCUUCUAGAUAACUCUCUAGACAGUCAAGGAUCUAUCAAAAUAGU